AUGGCACCUGUUAUGAAUGGUAAAUUAAAUGGAUACUCGGCGGAAUUGACUAAGAAACCAUUAGAUGUUGUUAUCGUUGGCGGUGGAUUGGUCGGGUCUCUGGAAGCAUUAUAUUUGGCAAGAAGGGGACAUCGCGUAAGACUUUACGAAUACCGUGAAGACAUCAGAAACACACCUCAAGCGAGAGGGCGGUCAAUAAACUUGGCCUUAUCAGUUCGAGGAAGACGUGCGUUGAAGGAUGUAGGACUAGAGGCACAUAUAAUAGAGAAACAUGGGAUCCCCAUGACUGGAAGAAGAAUCCACAGACUCGAUGGAUCAACUUACGUCAUACCAUACGAUGCGCUAUCUAAUCAGUGUAUCUAUUCCGUGGGACGGAAUUAUUUAAACAGCCUCCUUUUACAAGAGUCCGAGAAAUAUACUAAUGUCGAGCGGCACUUCAAACACAAAUUGGUGGAUACAUACCUAAGUAAAGGGAAUUUAACUUUCCAAAGGACAGACACUGCAGAAAAAAUACAAGUUAGCGCAGACCUAGUUAUAGGUGCUGAUGGCGCCUUCUCUGGAGUUCGUAAAGCAAUGAUGAAGCAACCGCUCUUCGACUACAGUCAAAAAUAUAUUGAACACGGCUAUAUAGAACUUUGCAUACCAGCCGCUGAAAACGGUAGCUUUCAGAUGCCAGCGAACUACUUACACAUUUGGCCCAGAGGCGAGUUUAUGAUGAUUGCACUACCCAACCAGGAUUGCUCCUGGACCGUUACACUUUUUAUGCCAUUUACCAAUUUUCAAAAUUUAGAUACACCAAAGAAGCUUUUAGGAUUCUUUAACAAAAACUUCCCAGAUUCCAUCCCGUUGAUAGGAGAAAAAAAACUUAUUGAAGACUUUUUUGCUGGGUCUCCUUCACCGUUAGUUGCUAUUAAGUGCCGACCUUAUCAUGUGGAAGAUAAGGCAGUACUGAUAGGUGACGCAGCCCACGCUGUGGUACCAUUCUAUGGACAAGGCAUGAAUGCUGGCUUUGAGGACUGUACACUACUCAACGAGCUAUUCCAAAAACAUAACGAUAACCUUGUGGAUAUUCUUAAUGAGUUCUCCAACACUCGGUGGGAAGAUACCUACGCGAUUAGCGAUUUGGCCAUGUAUAACUAUAUCGAGAUGCGGGACCUCGUAACACGUCCGUCUUAUCGCCUCAGGAAAGCAUUCGAUGAAUUUAUGAACUGGCUCCUGCCAAGAACCUGGGUGCCUCUUUAUAAUUCCGUUACAUUUACAACUAUGCCUUAUAAACAGUGUGUGAAGAAUCGUAGCUGGCAAGACAAGAUGCUGCAAAGUAUAUUAAAGGUUGGGAGUAUGGCAGCGCUAACUGGAGUUGUAUUGACAUGGAUGCAAAAUAAAUAUUCUGUUUAA